UUCGCUCGAGAGCUUGUUUUGUCCUGCUGGCCCUGGAACCUGGUCUGGCAGAAAGCGAACCACCAAUUUGUGCUUUGUUAUUGCCCAAGAGCUGUGUUUCAGCUCGGCAAGUGUGAGGCGCGUCGUCCCGUGAGUGGAGAGCGAUGUUCGUGGCUGUGUGACGGUGUGUGUGUGUGUGUGUGUGUGCGUGUGUCUGUAACAGUGGUUGAAGUGGAAUGCUAAGGACGAAGGAAAAUAAAUAAAUCUUCUCGUCAGUAAGUCGAGACGAAGUGGUCCGAGCACACGGGCGUGAGACGGAAGAAGAAGGAAAAAAACACGGUGCAAACUUGAAUUAUGUUUGUGUGCUUCGGUGCGGGGCGCUGAUGGUGCGCGGGUGGAAAAAUAAUAAUUUGAUAACAGCGAGCAGCAGCGGUAGGGCUGAUGUUGAUUUUCGGUCCGGUUGGUGCAGGAAGGGAGUGAAAAGGGGGAAGAAAGUUUUGCACGCGAAUGAAACAAUCAUCAAGUUAGGCUACAUAGAGCGACGAGUACGUGUGUGUGUGUGUGUGUGUGUGUGUGUGAGUGUGUACGUGAAAGUGGAAAGAAGCGCGUUUGGUGCUGCCAAGGAUUUGAUUAAAGUUGACAUUUCACAGCAACCCAUCGCCCUGCACUAAACACAAAUGCUUACAUCCGCGGUGAGCUGGUCCAUCGUUUAUUAGUGUGCGUUUUGCUGCUUUUCGGACUAUUCAUCAGGGAACAGCAAGGAAGUGACCAACCUAAAGUGCAAUGGCAAGCAGAUAGUUUGGUUAACCAGGGUUUGUGUGUGUUGUGUAAAAGGGGAUUAGAACCGAUAACCGCAGAGCGCUGUCGCUCAAUCUAGUGUGCCAUAUCCAUUCUCCUACCCUGCCUCCGUAGUGCCAGCCCGGGAUGCUUUAACGAUGAGCAUAGCCGCGAUGCACGAAAAGGACGGUCACGAUCACUACCGUUACGACACGUACGCGCCGCUGAUGAAGUCCGCCACGCUGAAGGGCGUCAAGGCGGUCCACUGUACCAGCGAGACGGCCACCGUGCUCAAGGGCGGAACGCACACGACGAUGACCAAGCACAGCACCACGAUCCACAGCAAGGACGGGACGGCGAAGGCGCGCUGCUGCACCUGCUGUGCCGGCCGGGGCAGCUCCACCUUCUGGGCCGCCCUGCUGACCAACAUCGGCGUCUGCACGUUGCUGCUCGCGUACACCUUGCUGGGUUCGUUCAUCUUCCUGGCCAUCGAAGGAGGCGCCUCACAGAUGCAGCAGCGCACGCUCGCAUCGACCAACCGGCACCAGAAGCAGCUGCCAGUGAACAACAAUAACAACAACAAUCAUCAUGGACGGCACGAUACGGCCAACCUGACCUUUCCGCAGCUGAUACUGCUGGAAGCGGUCGAGGCGCGCCAGAAGACGGUGGAAAACAUCUGGGACAUUACCGUGUCGCUGAACAUUCUGUAUCGGGAAAACUGGACACGGUUGGCAUCGAUGGAGAUAGCACGGUUCCAGGAGCAGUUUGUCAACCGGCUGCUGGAGGAGAUGACACAGAUCAACAACAUGCAGCACGCGGGCGCUCCCGGCACCGCUGGCCAUGAGCUGGCGGGCCACGGGCCGGACAACAACUGGACCUUUGCCCGUGCCUUCCUGUACUCGCUUACCAUUUUGACGACGAUCGGGUAUGGAAGCGUGGCACCACGGACCGUGCUCGGACGGAUGAUAACACUCGCGUACGCCGUGCUGGGGAUACCGCUGACCCUGGUGUACCUUUCCAGCACUGGCGGGAUGCUGGCGAAAGUUGCCCGUGGAGUGUUUUCCAGAGUUCUUUGCUGCUGUCUGUGCUCCAACUGUGGCUACUGCUGCUACGACGAGAAGCGCAUGGAGGAGAAGGAAAAGCGCAUGAAGCGGAAGCGCCAGCAGAUGGAGCUGCAGCAACAGCAGCAGCAGCAUCUCGCCCUGUCCGGCCAGGAACCGUACUACGUGCGGUCGGGCUCGCUGCAGAACAGUGUCAGCUCGCCCGAGAAGCAGCUGACCAUGCUGGGAACGGCGGCGGCGGCGGCGGCAGUGACGUCCGCUACCACCCCGGACCACGACUCGACCGCUGGCAGCAGCGACAGUGAGUCGCGCGCCUCGAUGCACGGGCUCAGCAUACUGGCCCCGAUACUGCUGUGCGUGGCCAUGAUGUCCAUCUACAUUGUGGUCGGUGCGCUCACGCUGUUCCGGCUGGAAUCGUUACCGCUGUCCGACGGGGUGUACUUUUGCUUUAUGGCCCUGUCGACGAUCGGGUUCGGGACGCUGGCCCCCGGCACACGCCGAGAGUCGACCGCGACCACCUGGUUCUGCUCGGGCUACAUCAUGGCCGGGAUGGCACUGACGGCAAUGUGCUUUAACGUGCUGCACGACGAGAUACUGCACCGGUUGCGGCACAUGGUCGAGAUGCAGAAGGAGAUCAAGAGCCACAACGAGCAUCGCCGGUUUCUCGCCUCCUGACGGUACGAGAAGAACACGAACCUGUACCAGCGGAAUCCCACCGAGGAAACCUUGAUCACCGGAACACCGACGUCCGUCAUCUUCGCCCAAGAGCCAGACUUGGGCCAGUUGCAUCUGCAGCACGAUUGUCACUCGGUGCAUCAUACGGUCG